AUGUUUAUGAGUUUUAGGGUUUAUUCAUCUGGAAUGAAUGUGGAUGAUGAAUGCAAACUCAAGUUCUUAGAACUAAAGGCCAAGAGAAACCACCGUUUCAUUGUGUUUAAGAUUGAGAACCAAGAAGUGGUGGUAGACAAAGUUGGAGGCCCAACAGAAACCUAUGAGGACUUCACAGCAUCUCUUCCACCUUCAGAGUGUCGAUAUGCUGUCUUUGAUUUUGAUUUCACCACCGAAGAGAAUUGCCAGAAAAGCAAGAUUUUCUUCAUUGCAUGGUCUCCUGAUACAUCCAAAGUAAGGCAAAAAAUGGUGUAUGCAAGUUCAAAGGACAGAUUCAAGAGGGAACUCGAUGGCAUUCAGGUUGAACUGCAAGCUACAGAUCCUAGUGAAAUGAGCUUGGAUAUUGUCAAAGCUAGGGCAAUCUAA